AUGCCUUCAAUGAAACGACAACAUGAUUCAGAAAGCGGUGCUCAGGAACCCAACAGAAAGCGGAUCGCUCGGACGAAAAGUGAUCUGUCAAGCGACCAUUUCGAGGUGUUCCAGGACGACGACGAGUCUACAUUCAACGACGCCGAGGGAGACGAGGGAGAAGACAAGGAUAUUGGGAGCGCCAAGCAAGACUCGCUAGUUGAGGAGGAGGAUUCAUCGGCAAGUCGCUUGAAGACUUUUGGCGCAAAACUCCGCGAGUCUUUUGCAUAUCAAGGUUCAGCUCCUUCAUUUACUCGUAGCACGAGAAGGACACGAUCAAGUGAAGCGGCAUCCUCUGCUCGAGCUGCACCGCCCACCGUUCCGGCUUCGCGCACAAGAAAAGGAAAGGAAAAAGCAACUGAAUCCGCACAUACUCCAUCUAUUCAAUCCAAAUCUACCUUUUCUCAACCGAUUGAACAUUCUGUUCGAUCCAUCAACGACGUAACGACCCCCACCAUUUUCAACCCGUUCCGACCAUAUCGGCACACCCUUCAUCCAUCAGCCUACCUCCUCAGCCCAUUGGGAACAAUCACCCCUCUGCACACGUCUCACAUUCUCGCAUCCUGGUCGCUUCCAACCUAUGCCGCGCGUAUACGUCAACUGCGUGUCUCGCGUACCGCAGCCUACUUUGAUCGCCGGGUGACAUGUAUCGAGUGGCAUCCAGACACGAGAUUUCCCGCGGUGUUGGCAAUGGGGUCUAAAGGAGGUGAUCUGGUCUGGUGGGAUUACGAGAAGAAUGCAAGACAUGCAGGAUAUGUUGAGGAGGAUGGAGAUGAUGGCACGAAUGAUGGGGAAAGUGUUCCGUACUUGUAUGGGAGGGGGCCGGGUGGCUCUAUUACAGCGAUGCGAUUCCACCCAACAGAAGCUAACAUGAUCUACACCACAUCCAUCGACGGCACUGUCCGCAAACAAGAUUUCGAAGGUCGACACGGUCGAGUAUUCCUUGACACCCUCCACCGAGAAAAAUGGUAUACAGCUCUCGACAUUUCUCCCCGUCUGCAGAUGUUGAUGGUGGGCAGUAAUACCGGGUAUGCGACGCUGGCAGAUAUGGAUGGAUGUGAAAUUUGGAGUGGACGGCUGCAUAAAGCCAAGUGCCAUGAUGUCGAAUUUCAUCCUGUGGAAGAAAAUGUUGUUUGUACGGCUGGAAAUGAUAGAGUAGUUAAACUCUGGGAUCUUCGUAUGAUGAAAAAGGACUGGAAGGAAGGCGACAUUGGUGUACCGUUAAACACAUUAGAACAUGAAGGCGUCGUUACGGCAGCCACAUUUUCAACAUUUGCGCCGUAUACUCUCUUAACAACCUCUCAGGAUAGUCAAUGUCGUCUGUAUGAUACUCCACUCACACAUUCCACCCCAUCCUACAUCAUGUCACAUCCGCACCGACCGUUCCAGCAUUUAACCGCCAUCCGCGCAACAUGGUCCCCCGUGCACCCUGACUUGUUUGUGAUUGGGCGAUACCCGGACACCACCACGGAUCGACGGACGGUGGAUGUGUUUCGAUUUUGUCCGGGCUUGACGGGUGUGGAGUGUGUUGCGCGGAUUGCAGAUCCUCGAGUGGGUGGGAUCCAAUGUCUCGCAAAGUUCAACAGAAUGGGAGACGUGCUUGCCACAUGUUCAGGGUUCACGACGUAUGUCUGGACGGUCCCUUCCGACACCGACGAGGAUCACAAUGGUAACGGGCCAAAAGACCGACCAGGAGGAGGUGGACCCAGUGGGGGACACAAGCCGAACAUGUACGGACGGGGAGAUGGAAAGGGCAAGAAACGUAAUGAAGCCAACAACGAGAAAGGUGUAAAAGGAAAACGAGGAAUAAGAGGUGAAUAG